CCGACGGUAAUCAAUUCAGUUUUUCGUCGGACCGUGAAAGCCGAGAAAAAAAAUGAAGUACGCAGUAGCUAUCACUUUGGUAAUCGCCACCCUCUCCUCCGCCGAACCGCCCGCACCUAAAGGAGCCUCCUUCGGCCGCCAAGGUGUCGCCCAACCUUACGCUCCGAGAGGGUUCCGACCAGCCGGACCUGGCUUCGACUUACCUCCAAGAUCACAAAGGCAGCAACUGCCUGUACCGGCAGCAUCGUACGGACCUCCGCCUCAAGAAUAUGGCCCGCCACCUCAAGAGGUCACCACCGAACCACCCACCACAACCACCGAAGCUUUCGAAGAGAUCACCACGGUUUCCGCACAAACAGGAAACCUGGCGAUACCACAGAGGACUGAAAAACUCACGUCUGACGUCAGGGAGCGACAAGCAAACCUGGCAGGAUUAUUUGUAGUCGUACCUCAGAGUCAAAACCUCUUGUAUUCGGCUCCGCUGACUACGUCCGCCAAGUACUCACACACGCAAAGUAGAUUGGUGCCGGUCCAGGCUGUUCCGGCUUUCGCCAAAAUCCAGGAACAGCCUCAAACAUUGCAGUACCAGUUGGCACCGGUUUUGGCCGGAAUUCAAGAGGAGCCGAGCGUACGGUACCACGCGGUAGCGUACAGCGCCCCAAAUGUUGCCGCGGCUUACGUCCAGAGUUGGUAGAUUGUUAUCGAUUGUUUUUGAUGAAUAUAUUGUUAUUAGCGACUAGAUUGCUUUUCUCGACAUACCCAAUCGGUGCUUCGCCAGGCGGUAGGGGUUUUGACGUUAUAGAUGCGCCGACAAUUGGUGAUUAUUGAUCAUCUAUGUCCUUAAGACUGGGAACAAUAGGUUUACGCGAUGGUUUUUAAAACAGCACCAAAAUGUUCUCAAGAAAGUAAAGAAAAUUUUAUGCUUGAUGUGCGAGACUAGGGCAGCCUACACAUAGAAAAAAUCGCGGUUUUUCAACCUUUUCAAAUGUUACCUUGGGGGGUCCCUCAGGGAUCUCAUCUGGGUCCUUCACUCUUUAAUAUUUUUGUUUUCUAUGUUGGUCUUUGUUUCCCGGUUUCUGUUUAUGCUUCUUUUGCUGAUGAUUUAAAAGUAAAAAAGAGAUUCGUUCACGUUAGAGCUUCAGUUCGAUCUUGACAGAUUUGCUGAUUAUUGCAGAAACCACUGAUUAUUCU